GGGAGAAGUUUGAGAGGCAAAAAUCGCAAAUGGUUGAGGGAAGCCCGGAAGAAAAAGAACUGGGCGAUCGGGGAAUGACCGAGACUAACCUGCGAGGCCAACGUGGCUCUGCCCUGUAGAAACAACGGCUUGGGCUCAGUCCUGAUGUUGGGGAGCUGGAGAUUUCGGGAAGGGUAAGGGCUUUCUGUCUUUUCUGAGUCCCAGCAGGUUUUGGGAUGAACAGGAUUCGGAUUCACGUCUUGCCUACCAACCGGGGGAGGAUCACUCCAGUGCCUAGGUCUCAGGAGCCCCUGCCGUGUGCUUUCACUCAUCGCCCAUGCUCGCAACCUCGCCUGGAGGGACAGGAGUUUUGCAUUAAGCAUAUUCUCGAAGACAAGAAUGCACCCUUCAAGCAGUGUAGCUACAUAUCGACGAAGAAUGGAAAAAGAUGUCCCAGUGCUGCCCCCAAGCCUGAGAAGAAAGAUGGGGUAUCCUUCUGUGCUGAACAUGCCCGUAGGAAUGCCAUGGCACUUCAGGCCCAAAUGAAAAAGUCGAACCCAGGGCCUAUAGGUGAAACCCUCUUGUGCCAGCUCAGCUCAUAUGCUAAGACAGAGCUGGGUUCUCAGACUCCUGAAAGUAGCCGCAGUGAAGCCAGCCGCAUUCUGGAUGAAGACAGUUGGAGUGAGGGGGAGCAGGAACCCCUAACUGUGGAUCAGACAUGGAGGGGGGACCCUGACAGUGAAGCGGAUAGCAUAGACAGUGAUCAAGAAGAUCCUCUCAAACAUGCUGGUGUCUACACAGCAGAAGAAGUGGCCCUAAUUAUGCGCGAGAAACUAAUUCGUUUGCAGUCUCUGUACAUCGAUCAGUUUAAAAGACUUCAGCAUCUGCUCAAAGAGAAGAAACGCCGUUAUUUACACAAUCGCAAGAUGGAACAUGAAGCUCUAGGUAGUAGCCUCCUGACUGGUCCAGAGGGACUUUUGGCUAAAGAACGGGAGAACUUAAAGCGCCUUAAAUGCCUUCGGCGAUAUCGCCAACGCUACGGAGUCGAAGCCUUACUACACAGGCAGCUGAGGGAGCGAAGGAUGCUGGCCACAGAAGGUGCCUCUCAACAGGCCCACACUACUCGGUCCAGUCAGAGAUGCUUGGCAUUUGUGGAUGAUGUUCGUUGUUCCAAUCAGUCUCUUCCAAUGACCAGACAUUGUCUUACCCAUAUUUGUCAGGACACGAAUCAGGUUCUCUUCAAAUGCUGCCAGGGGUCUGAGGAGGUACCCUGCAACAAACCGGUUCCUGUAAGCCUCUCUGAGGAUCCUUGCUGCCCACUGCAUAUCCAGUUGCCUCCCCAGAUGUAUAAGCCCGAGCAGGUACUGUCUGUGCCAGACGAUCUGGAAGCCGGCCCCAUGGAACUGUACUUGAGUGCUGCUGAGCUUCAGCCCACUGAGAGUUUACCUCUGGAGUUCAGUGAUGCACUCUGAAGAGGAUUUUUGCUGUCAUGGAAAGUGAACCGAGUUUAGCAUGGAUCUGGCAGGAUCGGUUAGAGAAGCCACACAUGGAGCAGUGAGCUUGGUGCUGCAAAGCCCCCUGGGAACUACACUCAGCGUCAAACUUGUACUUUUGACCUGUGCUUGCAGCACGCAUUUUAAAAAUCUGUGUUAUUUGGUGAGCUUUUGUAGAUUAAUUUUUGGGUAUGGGAAAGCACAAAUUUUUUCCCCGUGUAAAUUGAUGGUAAUUGCUGCUUAUCUUUUCGCCAUACUGAUUUUCAAAAGGUUUAAACUCUAUAUACUUUUGUGUAGCAGGGGAAGCCUGUAGUACAGACAUCAGGGAGAGCUGCAGGAUCCUUUGGCUUUUCUGCAUAAUUUCAGGCUAGUAAGUUCUUUAAUUACCCUGAAGACGUGGUGGCGCUUCUCAUUUUUGGUGGGGAGAACACUGAAGAAAGACAGGAUAAUGAACGGAGCUUUCAAAGCAUAGAGCCAAGUUACUUCUCAUGAAGCCAAAUCACCGGAAACAGAACUUCAGAAAAAGUGCAGCGGGAGCGGCUCUUGGGGAUUAACUCCUGACCUUGGUGGCUUGAGGUGGUUACUUGCUGGGCUGGUAACAGUGAGGUCAGCAGCUCACAGCCACCAGCUGCUGCUCAGGAGAAAGAUGAGGCUUUCUUCUGUAAAGACUCAGUCUCAGAAACCCAAGGGGCAGUUCUACUCUGCUUUAUAAGGGCCCCCAGGAGUUAGCAUUGCCUACAUGACAGUGAGUGUGA